AUGUCUCAACAACACUACCCUCCGCCACCCAUGACAGCCUUUGCACAAUCCCAGAACCCAACAGUUGCGGCUCCCACCCCCUACUAUGCACCCCCGCCAGGGCAACCGCCUCAAAAUGGAGGAUAUCCCUCGCCCACUCCACCGGUAGGCAACCCACAAAUUCAUCGACACACCCCUAGUGGGGGAUAUGCAGCCCCUCCAAUUGGGGUAUAUGCAGCUCCCCCGAAGUCAGUGAGCCCACCUCAGGAUCCAAUCACCAGGCACAAUAAUGCUGCUUUCGAACAAAAUCAAGUUCUUGGAAUGCAAAAAAUGCCCGGAGGAGCCCCGGCAUAUGGAGAAUUUAGUGGAGCAAAGGAAACCAACCAAGAUGAUACUGGGGUUUUCAACGGCGGAAGUUUCAGGAUCAGCCACCGAGAUACCAACUCUGUUUUGACAGUGCAACUGGCAAUGGGUUGUCCUUUGACUAUGAGACCUGACACAGAUGUGCUCUGGUUGCUAUCUUCGGUCGAAUUAUGUGUUGAGGAGGAACUAAUCUGGCUUGAUUUCUUAGGUGCGAUGAUUGCAAUGUCUCCAACGCUUACAUUGAGAGGAAACGUCUCGUUUUCAUGGAAGAAACUCAUCAUUGGGGGCAGUAUGACCAUGUCCCAUUACACCGGUCCCGGUGAACUCCUGGUGGCACCUUCAAUGUUGGGAGAUAUCAUGGUUAUUCGGAUGGAGGAACCGGAUGAAUGGAAAAUCGGACGUGACGCCUUCCUUGGACAUACCGCUGGUAUCGAACAUAAGUACCAGGCCCAAGGUUUAUCCAAAGGUGUUUUCUCCGGGGAGGGACUUUUCGUCUACAAGAUAACAGGAACCGGACUACUUUGGGUCCAGAGCUUUGGUGCAAUCAUCCAGAAAGACCUUCGCGAAGACGAGUCAUACUUCGUCGAUAAUGGCCAUCUUGUGGCGUGGAACUGCAAGUACAAGAUGGAGCGUGUGGCCUCUGGCGGUAUCAUCUCCGGUAUUACCUCUGGAGAGGGUCUUGCGUGUAGGUUUACGGGGCCUGGAACUGUUUAUCUACAGACCAGAAACCUGAAUGCCUUCGCUGCCCAGAUGAAAAUGAGCACUGGAGGUGCUUGA